AUGAUAAGAUUACGAAAGUACAACGCUUCGGUAUCAUGGCCUUCCGGUAAAGGGAGUGAUCGAUUGAGGAGAGUGGUAGAUCGGGAUUCCAGAUCGUCAUAUGACAGGUACCAGCCUUACCCACUCGAUCGAAGGGGAAACGGGCGCAACAACGAAUCAGGCAAGAAUGAUAGGAGGAAUGAUCGAAGGAAUGAUCGAGGCCAAAGUAGCCGUGGAUUGAUAAACAGAAAUGCUGUCGAUAGAGCCCCAGGCAACAGAGAAACGCCAAGGUUAUCCGAGUACAACUUUUGCGUCAAUGUAGCAACCAUAGCGGCGGCCGUUAUCCGAAACAAAGAAACAAGGCAUCCAAGGCCAAUCCAAUCUGAUCCAGAGAAGCGGGAUAAAAAUCUUAUUUGCCGACUAGCAAAAUGGGCUGUGGAGAUUAGCGGGUAUGAUAUUGAAUACAAACCCCGAACUGCAAUCAAAUCCCAAAUACUAGCGGAUUUCGUGGCCGAUUUUGCACCGGCCAUGAUCCCCGAGGUCGACAAAGAAAUGCUUCUUGCCUCGGGGACUAGCACAGGAGUCUGGACCCUUUACACGGAUGGUGCGUCUAAUGUAAAAGGGUCCGGGUUAGGGAUCGUUCUCAAACCUCCCUCAGGUGACAUAAUAAGACAAUCUAUUAGAUCGGCUGAUUUAACUAACAACGAAGCCGAGUAUGAGGCUAUGAUUGCAGGUUUAGAACUGGCUAAAAGCUUGGGAGCCGAGAUCAUAGAGGCCAAAUGCGAUUCUCUCCUGGUGAGCAACCAAACGAACGGAACCUUCGAAAUCAAGGAUGAUCGAAUGCGGAGAUAUCAGAAAAAAUUGCAGGUUGUCCUUCGCCGGUUCAAGGAGUGGACGUUGGAACACGUACCUCGGGAUCAAAAUAAUAAGGCGGAUGCCUUGGAAAAUCUGGGAUCCUCGGUCGAAUCAGACGGUUUCGACUCCGAAGCCAUGGUGCAACUGACAAAAUCAGUCAUAGAGACCGGCCACGUCGAGAUAAACUCGACCGGCUUCACUUGGGAUUGGAGGAACAAAUACGUAGACUAUCUUCAAACAGGAAAGCUACCAUCCGAUGCCAAGGAAUCAAGAGCCCUCCGAACCAAAGCAGCUAGAUUUUGUUUGGUCGAUGGCCAGUUAUACCGAAGGUCAUUCCACGGCCCCUUGGCGAGAUGCCUAGGACCAGGAGAAACCGACUACGUUCUGAGGGAAGUUCACGAGGGGACUUGCGAAAACCAUUCGGGAGUCGAUUCAUUGGUCUGCAAGCUGGUCAGAGCGGGAUACUACUGGAACGAGAUGGAGGACGACGCCAAAACCUUCGACCGAAAAUGUAACGAAUGCCAAAGGCAUGCCCCGUCAAUACACCAACCCGGGGAAGAGCUCCAUCCGGUCCUUUCCCCAUGGCCAUUAAUGAAAUGGGGCAUGGAUAUAGUAGGGCCUUUGACUGAUUAUUUCUCUAAAUGGGUCGAAGCACAGGCAAUUGAGAAGGUCAGGGAAAAAGAGAUCAUUGAUUUCAUUUAUGACCAUAUAAUCUGUCGAUUCGGGGUACCUGCGGAGAUCGCGUGUGAUAACGGGAAGCAGUUCAUAGGCAGCAAGGUCAGCAAGUUUUUCGAAGAAUACAAGAUUAAGAAGAUCUUAUCCACCUCGUAUCACCUGAGCGCGAAUGGCCAGGCCGAGUCUACCAAUAAAACUAUAUUGCAGAAUCUAAAGAAAAGACUGGCCCUCUAA